UUAAUUAAUUAAAUGAUAAUAAUAGUAAAAUAAUAUAUUAAACUGUAAAUAAAAGUGGAUUAUAAUAGGUAUAAAUAAUUCCAUUCUUGGAUUUUAACAUAGUCAUAGGCCAAACAAGAAGAAAAGUUUAGAAAACUUUCCAUUCCAUGCAAAGUUUGCAAUUUGAAACAUGGUAAAGUGCCAUAAAAAACAAGCAAAGAGUGACCUGUAUGUUCUGCUUCCUUGAGUUGUGAGCAGACAUGAACCGAACCACAGUAAAAAAUAACUGAUCCCAAAAAAGCCGAACAAGCAGAAUCUAUAGUAUGCGUAAGUCAAAGAACAAAGGCAGAAAGAAAGAGCAGGCGACAUGAUUAAACAAACAACAGACAAGACAAACAUAAAAUAAUACUUCUCCUUACCAACUAUCACAUAAAACGAACAGCACUUACCACGUGAGAGAUGUUUCAGAAAAUUUGAAAGACUAGCGUUGGCUUUGUUUAAGUCUUCACUGAGAGAUAGGCAACCGACGCCGACCUCCUCUGAGAAAAAGAUAGACAAUUUCCACGUAGUUUUCUGGAACAACAUCUACCCCUAAGGAGUAGAACCUCGUACUUUGCACAAGCAAUGAAAGCUCAAUGGCGCAACCACCUCAAUGUCCUUUUUCUUCCAUAUCCAACACCUGGCCAUAUGAUACCAAUGGUAGACACCACCAGACUAUUUGCCAAGCAUGGUGCGAGUGCUACCAUUAUCACUACCAAAGCCAAUGCUUUAACAUUCCAAAAGGACAUUGAAGAUGACUUCAGUUGUGGAUACGACAUCAGAACUCUUGUGAUUCCAUUCCCUGCGGACCAAGUUGGUCUCCCUGAUGGGGUUGAAAACAUUAAAGAUAGCACUACCCCAGAAAUGUUGGGUCAAAUCAGGCAUGGAAUAUCAAUGCUUAAAGAUCAAAUUGAGCUUCUGUUUCAAGACCUGCAACCAGAUUGUAUAGUGACUGAUUUUUGCUAUCCUUGGACAGUGGAGUCUGCUACAAAACUGGGUAUUCCAAGGCUUUUCUUUUACAGCUCAAGCUACUUCUCCAACUGCGUUAGUCAUUCUAUUAGGAAGCAUAGACCUCAUGAAAUCCUAGUCUCUGAUACCCACAAGUUUACAAUUCCCGGUUUACCUCAAAGAAUAGAGAUGACGCCAGCGCAGGUAGCGGAAUGGGAAAGGACUAAGAACGAAACCACAGGCUACUUUGAUGCAAUGUUUGAAUCGGAGACUAAAAGCUAUGGAGCACUGUAUAAUAGUUUUCAUGAACUUGAAAGCGAUUAUGAGCAACUUCAUCAGAGUUUAUUGGGGAUCAAAUCUUGGACAAUUGGACCAGUUUCUUCGUCGGUUAACAAAGAUGAUGGACAAAAGGCUAAUAGAGGACACAAGGAGGACCUUGAAGAAGAGCCACAAUGGCUAAAUUGGCUUAACUCUAAGCAAAAUGAAUCUGUACUUUACGUAUGUUUUGGUAGCCUCGUCUGGCUCCCUCAUGCUCAACUUGUUGAACUGGCUCAUGGGCUUGAGCAUUCUGGUCAUAGCUUCAUCUGGGUCAUCAGGAAAAAGGAUGAAAAUGAGAAUGAAGAUAGUUUCCUACAAGAGUUUGAGAAGAGGAUGAAAGAAAACAAGAAAGGUUUUAUCAUAUGGAACUGGGCACCACAGCUGCUGAUAUUGGACCACCCUGCCAUAGGAGGAAUGGUGACUCACUGUGGUUGGAAUUCCAUUCUUGAAAGUGUGAGUGCUGGAUUGCCAAUGAUCACCUGGCCAAUCUUUGCUGAGCAAUCCUACAAUGAGAAGUUGGUAGUUGAUGUCUUGAAGAUUGGAGUCUCAGUUGGAGUGAAGGAAAACACGUUUUGGAUGAGCUUGGGUGAUGAAGCAAUGGUGAGAAGAGAGGAUAUAGUGAAGGUUGUGAUGCUUUUGAUGGGAAGUAGCCAAGAGAGCAAAGAAAUGAGGAAGAGAGCAAGAAAACUCAGUGAUGCUGCCAAGAGGACUAUAGAGGAGGGUGGACACUCUUAUAACAACUUGACUCAGUUGAUAUAUGAGCUUAAAUCGUUGAAGAUAUCUAAAGCACAUACAGAAGCAGGGUAGAUAAUUGAAAUGGAGCAUUAAUGUAGUGCUUCUCGGAGGUGAAGCUAGUGAUUUUAUAAUUCCUUUUGCUUAUAGAACAAGAUGAACAACAACUUCAAGUACUUCUGAAACUGUUUUACAUGGAUCUAGCUUGCUACUUCUGUCAGUGUUUCAGUAUAAUAUUUUAGUUUUUCCUAUGUCAUGUCAUUUUCUUGUUUGAACAUUUUGGAUAAGGAAAAAGGAAACGAAAAAGAAGAAAACAAAGACUAACAACUUAACUAAGAGAUUGGUAAAUUUCCCCGCUAGAAAAAAAAGGGAGGAAAUAUUUUGGUGAGUACUGAUAUACCAACUAUUUGCAAGCUUCCAUGUAUCCAAAAUGUGGAGACAUUGACAUAAGUGGAAUGUAAACAACGGUUCCAAUUUGCUUUUCUAACAUGACUUUUUCUUCAAUCACAUGGUUUGAAAGCUUUGUCGCAACUAAUUCAGUGUCAUUACAUAAUUCUUCUAACUCUGCUCUAAAUUUCUUAGCAACAUUACUAGAGUUCUGAUCUUGAGUAUUUCUUGUACUAGAACAGAGUUUGGAGAAUGAUAAAGAGCCCUAUUCUAUUCGUAUUUGAACAAAUUAUUAUGAAAACAAGUGUUUCAAUACACAUCAUUACCAAAGUCUAUAUAUUAUGAGGACAAAUUAUGUUUCGAAAAUAAUACAAACAGG